AGAGUUGCAUCGCAUGCACUGCCCGUGUGCGUUCGCCAACUUUUCAACUGUCUCGCGGCCGAGUGAGAGAACGAGCGCGAGCACACUGCCGGAGCGUAUUGUACUACUACUACGUGCAGCUGUAUUUUUUUCAUUCAAUGUUGUAAAUACGCGCCAUCGCAGCAGCAACAAGACACCACGCGUUGGCCCUUAGAAGCAGCAACGGCCAAUAAAAAAGAAAAAAAGGGGGAACGAAGAUAGCGCCGCCACUACUGCCGCCACCACCGCUCUCGCACUCUUUCUCUCGUGAACAAUUGUUUGUAUCUCCGGAGACAGGCACAGCCGUUCCAGGACAGUGUGCAUACUCGACUUCCAAGGAUGUCGCUCGAGUAUUUUCCGACGAAGGGCAUGUAAGUAUUCCGGGUGAAGCAGCAAAUAGAAAAAGAAGAAUGCCGGCAACGCCAGUGAAGACAAUUGUUGGCAGUUAUUGUCGCUGUCGCUUGCCGUCGCCGACGAUGACGACGGUCAACUGCAUCGUCUCCACGACUGCCGACUCCUGAGACUGCUACCGUUGACAACAACAACAGCAAAAGUUUCAUUUGGUGGUGACAACAGUGGGUUGAUGCGGUGCCCCGUACAUGUACAAGUGUGCAUCUCGAAAAGAUCGUGACGAGGAUGAACUCGUCAAUGAACAGAUUAUGAAGGCAAAUGGAACAAACAAUGGCUGCAACCGAAUGAAUACCCCACUGGCAGCCACCACCACGCUGGAGGACCCAGGGACACCAGCUUCGUGGAAGGGACCACCACCAGGUCCUUACAAUAGUACGGGAGGUCCACCGAGCAAUGCUGGUGGUUUCCAAGGGCUUAGUCCUUUUCCGGGUGGCGCAGGCAGUCCUGCAGGAGCUCCACCAUAUCAAGGUCCACCACCUGGAUCUGCAACACCACAAUAUACUGCAUCUCCAGCACCUAGCGGGUCAUCUACACCUGGACCAGGACCUCCACCUAGUGCUGGUGGUUUUCCUCCUCCACCAAAUAAUGCUGGUCCGCCUUAUAAUGGUCCAAGUCCAUUUGGCUCUCCCUCGGGUGGACCUGGUCAGUUUGUCGGCAGGCCCGGCUCUUCGGGACCGCCCUUUGUGCCACCUGGUGGUGGUAAUCCGCACUUCCCCCCACCUGGCCAACACUUUAGCGGUCCGCAAUAUGGUAUGCCACCAGGCAGCCCCUUCGGACCCGGAGGUCAUCCCAUGGGUGGACCCAUGGGACCUGGACAUCCCGCGAUGAUGGGCCCUGGAGGUCCUAUGGAUCGCAUCGAUCAAGG